AUGUACGUGUGCUGCUCUACAGUAACUUUGGAACAGGACCUCAACAAAAAAAUGCAUAUCUGGAUGCUGCAGACGAUCGCAUUUGCUUUAACAUCGCUAGUCCUUUCGUGGGCAGAAAGCAUCGAGUAUUAUGGGGAAAUCUGUGAUAAUGCGUGUCCUUGUGAGGAGAAGGACAGCAUCUUAACAGUGAGCUGCGAAAACAGAGGGAUCAUCAGCCUUUUUGAGAUCAGUCCACCAAGGUUCCCUGUCUACCACCUCUUGUUGUCUGGGAACCUUUUGAACAGGCUGUACCCGAACCAGUUUGUCAAUUACACAGGGGCUUCGAUUUUGCAUCUGGGGAGCAAUGACAUACAAGAUAUUGAAACAGGGGCCUUUCAUGGUCUGAGAGGUUUAAGGAGGCUGCACCUGAAUAACAACAAGCUGGAACUUUUACGAGAUGACACUUUCCUUGGGCUAGAGAGUUUGGAAUACCUACAGGUUGAUUAUAAUUACAUUAGCGUCAUUGAACCCAAUGCCUUCAGCAAACUGCAUUUGCUGCAGGUGCUGAUUCUCAAUGAUAACCUCCUCUCCAGUUUGCCCAACAACCUCUUCCGUUUUGUGCCCUUAACUCACCUGGACCUGAGGGGUAACCGGCUGAAGCUGUUGCCCUAUGUGGGUCUUUUGCAGCACAUGGAUAAAGUGGUGGAGCUGCAGCUGGAGGAAAACCCCUGGAAUUGCUCCUGCGAGUUGAUUGCUCUAAAGGAUUGGCUGGACAGUAUCUCCUAUUCUGCUCUGGUGGGAGAUGUGGUUUGUGAGACCCCUUUCCGUUUACAUGGUCGAGACUUGGACGAAGUCUCCAAGCAGGAGCUUUGCCCCAGGAGGCUUAUCUCGGAUUAUGAAAUGAGACCGCAGACACCACUGAGCACGACAGGGUAUUUCCACACUACCCCAGCUUCAGUCAACUCCGUGGCCACUUCUUCUUCAGCUGUUUACAAAUCCCCCUUGAAGCCCCCCAAAGGGACCCGCCAACCCAACAAGACGAGGGUGCGCCCCACCUCCCGCCUGCCCUCGAAAGACCUGGGAUACAGCAACUACGGCCCCAGCAUUGCCUACCAGACCAAAUCCCCGGUGCCUUUGGAGUGCCCCACUGCCUGCACUUGCAAUUUGCAGAUUUCUGACCUGGGCCUCAAUGUCAAUUGUCAGGAGAGGAAGAUUGAGAGCAUAUCCGAACUGCAGCCCAAACCCUAUAAUCCUAAGAAGAUGUAUCUGACAGAAAACUACAUUGCUCUGGUACGCAGGGCAGAUUUUGUGGAUGCUACUGGGCUGGAUUUGCUGCACCUGGGCAAUAAUCGUAUCUCGGUCAUUCAGGACCGGGCUUUUGGGGAUUUAACGAAUUUGCGAAGGCUGUACCUGAAUGGGAACCGGAUCGAGCGGCUGAGCCCUGAGCUCUUCUAUGGGCUGCAAAGCCUGCAGUACCUCUUCCUGCAGUACAACGUCAUCCGGGAGAUAGAGGCAGGCACCUUUGAACCUGUCCCCAACCUUCAGCUCUUGUUUUUGAACAACAAUCUGCUGAGGUCUUUGCCGGGGAACAUUUUUUCUGGUCUGUCUCUCUACAGGCUGAGCCUACGGAGCAACCACUUCUCCUACCUGCCGGUGAGCGGGGUGCUGGACCAGCUGAAAUCCCUGCUGCAGAUCGACCUGCACGAGAACCCCUGGGACUGCACCUGCGACGUGGUGGGCAUGAAGCUGUGGCUGGAGCAGCUCAACACCGGUGUCCUGGUGGAUCAGGUUAUCUGCGAGUCCCCUAAGAAGUUCGCCCAGAGCGACAUGCGGGCCGUCCGGGCGGAGCUGCUGUGCCCCGACUACUCGGACAUCGUCGUCUCCACGCCCACGCCGUCCCCGGGCCAGCUGCCG